ACAUGUAUACAUAUGUUUAUGUGUAUUAUACUUGUAGCUGUGAGUAAACGUCGGAUAAGUCAUUGAAAUUUUAUAAAAUAUGGCGAAACAAAUAAAAAUGAUACUAAUAGAUCUCAGUGGAACACUGCAUAUCGAUAAUUCAGCAAUUCCAGGUGCCGUGGAAGCUCUAAACAGACUUCGAAACGCAGGUAUACCGCUUAAAUUCGUCACAAAUACAACGAAAGAAUCCGGCAAUUGUUUAUAUGGUCGAUUGACAAAACUCGGUUUUGAUAUUAAGAAGGAAGAAAUUUUCAGUUCUUUAGCUGCAGCGAGGAAAUUGAUUAUUUCGCGGAAAUUAAAUCCAAUGUUAUUUAUUGAUCCUGCUGCUAAUGAAGAUUUCGAUGAUUUAAUAAGAAAUGACGAUAAAAAAGAUGCUGUAGUAAUAGGAUUGGCUCCAGAUAAAUUCAAUUAUGAAAAAUUGACCAAAGCAUUCAGAUUACUAUUAGAUGGCGCAUCGCUCAUAGCCAUUCAUAAAGGGCGGUAUUAUAAAAGGCCAGAUGGUUUAGCUCUGGGACCAGGCGCAUUUAUCGCUGGUUUAGAAUAUUCCGCUGAUAUCAAGGCAGAAAUUAUCGGAAAACCAGCUGCAGAAUUCUUCAAAGCUGCUUUGGAAGAUAUACCUCCAGAAGAAGCGAUUAUGAUUGGCGAUGACGUUAAAGAUGACGUAGCUGGUGCACAAGCUAUCGGUAUCAGAGGACUUUUGAUACAAACUGGAAAGUAUCGAGAUGGAGAUGAAAAUACAAUUACACCACCGCCUACAAAAGUAUGCAGUUCUUUUGUCCAAGCUGUAGAAUUUAUUCUUAAAAAAGAAAUUUAAGUAGUAUGAUUUUGCAACAGUAAAAGAAUAUUAUGUAUAUGUAUA